AACAAAGAGUCAGUAUGUAAAGCAGUACAGAAAGCAAACAGCCUGCAGCCUCAAUCCAGGAAGUAGAGCGUUCAUAUCUCAGUCACUAAGAGAGGACGAGGGCGCAGAAACAGAGACUUUUAUAAAGGCUGUCAUCAUGAAGAUCGCUUCUUUUAAUGUCAGGCGUCUUGGGUUGAGUAAGCUGGCAGACAAGAACGUUGUAAAGUACCUCAUAAAAAUUGUGUCUCGCUACAGCAUCAUCGUAAUCCUCGAGGUAGUCGACAAGGCAGGAAAGGCCAUGGCCAAGUUCCUACACGAACUCAACAGCACGAGGGCUAAUAAGAAGCAUCCCUACAGCAUGGCAGUGAGUUCCAGCCUGGGCCGUACUACCUAUAAGGAGCAGUUUGUCUGUCUGUAUAGGAAGGAUCAAGCCACAUUGGCAGACACCUACCAGUACGAAGACAACCAAGAGGGGGAUGAGGACGCCUUCUCACGAGAGCCUUUCAUCCUACGCUUCACCUUAGCCAACACAAUGUUAAAAGACCUGGUGCUGAUUCCUGUCCACACUAAGCCUGAGGACUCCCAGAAAGAGCUGGAUGAGCUGUAUGACGUCUGCAUGGCUGUUAGAGAGAAAUGGAAGACUGAUAACAUAAUGAUCCUGGGAGACUUUAAUGCAGAUGGAGCUUACGUGUCCAAGAAGAAGAUGAAGGCCAUCAGGAUCCGGAGUGAUGAGGACUUCCAUUGGCUGAUAGGAGACGACGUGGACACCACAGCCAGCCUGUCCAAUGAUUACACAUACGACAGGAUUGUGGUGUAUAAAGAUGGCAUGCUGAACGCAAUAGUGCCAGGAUCAGCGAAACCCUUCAACUUCCAUUCUGCCUACAAGCUAACAGAAGAACUGGCUCUGGGGAUUAGUGAUCAUUACCCAGUGGAGGUCAGUCUGAAGAGAAAGUCCGUAUCGAAGACCGGGGGCCCAGCAAAAGCACUGAAACGCAAAGCAAGUUAACAUGAGAGGAUGUGGGUUGCACACACGAGUCCUCCUCGUUUAAUUUCAGCGAUGUUUUUUUGGUUUAAAUUAUUUUAAAAAUGUAUUUCGAGAUAUCUCAGAUAGCAUAACCGAUCAUUAGGCUUCAAUAUUGUGGUAUUUAGUUAAAAAAACAAUAGGUUAUGAUUAAAUGUUUUAUACAUUAAUAUUACUGGUAGCUUAAAGGCCAGGCAUUUCAGCAAAGGGAAUGAUUUCCUCAGAUUUGAAGCUGAUCUUUGUUAUGAUGUGUUUUCCUCUUAUGCUGCAGUACGAUGGGAAAUUGAAACCUGUGUCAGUUGAAAAAUAAAUUCCUCCGAGCUAAAUUUAAA